GGCAUCAGCUACGCGGCGCGUUCCCCUGUUCGAGACACUCGCCCCAACGCACAAUCUCUCCUCCUUCGCGGGUCGAUAUUCGACCGCGAGACAUCAUCUCCGCGUUACGCACAGUCUUCGCGACCUCGGUUUAAUCAGCGCGCUCUCCACAGAAUCUGGCUGCGUUGAUUGAUCACCAUGUCACUUGGCCGAUUCUACUGACCCGAUAUUCUUAUUUUCCGCGCUUGACCCUUUCCGCUACCGCCCCGUGUUGAACCGUCCUGGGCUGCCAUGUCUUACUUUGGCUUCAAUAAUACCACCGGCCACAACCCGGCGGCCACCGGCUUUUCCCAAGCCCACAACCCUUUCGCCGGCCUCUCAAAACGUGAAGACGAGGGUGACGCUCUUGAGUUUGAAGAGACCUAUGAUGGCCUGGGCGAUCAAUUGGAGGAAACGGGCGACGCAUUCAAUGACGAUACCUUCGGGGACACGGCCGCCCUCGAUGCCGGACCGGUAGGCAAAGAUUUCGACUUCUUUGGUUCCACGGCCAAGGUCGCCAACGCCAUCGAAGAGGAGCAUGUCCGCUUCACUCGCCAGCAGCCUGCCGCCAAGGUCCCACAGCAGGUCACUCAAUUUGCCUCCCAAGCCGCACCCCUGCCGUCUGCUCUUGGGCCUUCGUCGUACGGUCAUGUCCCCCAGUCGGCUCCCCACAAGCCCGCUCGAACUGGCUACGAGAAGUACAGUAGCGAACCCGUGGCAGAGCUACAAGUCGAUGCGGCACUUUGGGGCGUUGCGCCCAAGAAACAGCCCCAGCCGGCCGCCGCUGCGUCGCCAGCCGUGACCUCGGUUCCGACUCAGCCGACACGGAAAGUGCUGAGUUUGGAGGAGGUUGAAGCUCAGAUGCGAGCUCAGGCCAAGAAGGCUGCGCAGCAGGCCACUCCGUCCCCGGCUCCGCAACCGGCAGCUAUUCCGCCUGUUUCUCAGCCACAAGUUCCCCUGCCCAUGCACUAUGAUCAAGCAUAUCAGUUUCCGCAGCACUUUCAGCACCAGACUCCCCAGCAGUUUGAUCAGACUCGCAAGGAUCAAGGCCACGCCCAAGGACAUGGACAACCCGUUGCCAUCCUGCAAAGGCCUCAUGACAAGCAGGCACCGUCGCCCCAGCCGCCGACUCAGCCAGCUGCUCACCAUCGCCAGCAGCCAUCCUCCAGCAUGCCGCCCACACAGAUCUUGCAAAACCCCAACCGCCUUUCUGGGGAUGCAACUAGACUUGCCAUGCGCCAGCAUCCCACCCAGGUGAUGCCGGCUACCUACCCGACGCAUCCCAUCCAUAGACAGCAGGGAUCGUUUUCCCGGCAGCCGCAGAUCAUCACUCACCCAUCUCAGCUUGCCCAACUCAGCGAGGAGGAAAAGGCGGCGUAUUUGGAGCAGGAAGCAAAGAGGGCCAAGCGUAAUCACAAAAUUUUCCUCAUGUCGCGCGACAAUGGCCUCAUGACGCCACAGGACAAGAGCUUCGUGACUCGCAUCCAGCUGCAGCAGCUCGUUGCCGCUGCAGGCAACCCCAACGAACAUGGCACUGACGAGUCUCUCACCGAGGACUUUUACUAUCAAGUCCACAGCCAGAUCCAGGGUGGUCAGCGCCAACACCCUAACCAACCCCUGAACAACUUCGCACAGACGUAUCUCUUCCAGACCGGGAGUCGUCAGGGCGGCAUGCGCCGUCACCACCGUGGACCGGAGAACCACAUGCAGCGCAUGGAGCAGCAGGUCCAGCGUGCCGUUGAAGCAGCCAAGAACAAGCCCAAGAACAAGCAACUCGUGAUCGAGGGCAGCCUUGGAAAAAUAUCGUUCAGCAACGCCAAGACGCCGAAACCGCUGCUGAAUAUCAAGCGUACGGAGAGCAGCGGCGAGGCCCAUCGCCCGGCCAGCGCGCACAAGCACAUUCCGAGUGGAGGUGACAGGAAGAGCGAUUUGCGCUCCAUCGAACGCAUCUACACCACGCUGAUGGAAAUGGAGGACCACGACCGAAGCAUGCCUGCGCCCCCGGCCAAUGAAGCCGGCCCUGAGGUCAUCCAGCGGUUUGUGUCCUGGAACAGCGAGGCGCAGAUUCUCAAUAGCAGGCUUUGGGAGAGCCUGCGGAUCCACGAUCAUCCUGAAAACGGCCUUGUUCACCCAUUCAUCGCCCUCCUAUCGUAUAGCAAGGGCAUGAAGGCAAUGCCGCGCAUUUCCCGGCAUCUUAGCCACGAGCAACGCACGACGAUUCUCACCCUCAUCGUUGUGAACCUCGACAACCUGGAGGUCGUGCGCAAUGCACAGGUGACACCUGACGCCACGCAGCUCAACGCAGUCAUGCGUGAGAACGUUGAGCUCUUUGUUGUUGCCGUCAUGUCGACCCUAUUCAACGUUCUUAACGAGCUCGACCUGGACCUCGUUGCUGGGAUCCUGGGCCUAGUCUGCACCCGCAAUGUUGAUAUCAUCGCCAAGAGCCGGAUUGGCGCCUCGAUGCUCACAAUGAUUCUAAGCCGGGCCGAGAUCAUUAAGCACGGCGGCGGCGGCAGUGAGCAGUCCUGGCGCUCAUGGGAUGCGACCUACACGCAGUUCUUCGAUCUCCUUGAGCACACUCUUCCCCACAUGUUCCCCGGCCCUGUCACCGCCGGCGAUGACUUUUAUGUCUGGCAACUCCUCGCCGCCCUCGGAAUCGGCGCCAGCCCCGACCAGCAGCAGAGACUGGUGCUCGCCGUCAAGGACCGUGUCAUGGAUACGGUUGCGCUGUCCAAGACGCUACCUCAGGACCUGGCGGCUCAGCGGCUUCAGAACGUCAAUUUGUUUAUGCGUUCGAUUGGCUUGGAUGUCGAGUUGCUUCAAUGAGCUCUGUUCACGCAUCUUCUAAAUCUACGGCCUCGUGGAGGCGGCUGAGGUGACCCUGGUUUCUGGCAAAAACAAAAGGUACAAUUGGCCAUGGAGACCCGGUGUGGAAAGAGCGUUAUGCGUGCUACCACCGAGGACGGUAUUUCGGAACGACAUCAAUCCAAUAAACUAGGGGAUGGACAUGGGCGAUGGGUGAGGUGAGCGGAUUUGGUUGCGCAGCCACAGGAUCGCAGGCAAAGCGAAGAUGCAUAUUGAUUUUGUAUGGAUACUUGAGCACAGCAGGGUAGGAAUAUCAGAGUCAAAGCCCUGCCAUCGCGAUGAGUUUCUUGGCGAAACCAUAUACCAGCUCUAAUAACAGUCACGGC